AUGCCAAUAUCCCUCGGCUUUCCAGGCUCAACACAAGAUGCCUCCUCCUCAUCCAACUCCAAAAAGCUCCAACGCCUCGCCCGCAAAGCGUUCAAAGGCCUCAUGCGCUCGCACCGCAUGCAGCUCACGACGAAAUACGACUUUCCCAUCCGAAUACGCUGGUGGUUCGUGCUGGCGACGGUCGUGAUUAUGCUCGCGCUGGGCUUGUUGGGCUUUACGAAUUGGGCGCACGAGUGGCCUGUUAAUGAUAAACUGCUGCAUUUCGUUUGUUUGGGGCUGGCGACUUGUGUGUUUUACUUCAUUUUGGAUGUUGAGGAGGAUGCGAGGAGGAUAUGGUACUGGAACCGCUCACCACUCAUCAUUACGGGGUUCGUGUGUAUAUUCCUUGGGGGAGUUGUCAGCGAGUUCGUGCAGUCGUUGCUACCGUACAAGACCUUCCAAUUCGGCGACAUUGUGGCAAAUAUCCUUGGGUCUAGUAUAGGCUUAUACACCGCGUACCACCUAGAUAGGUACUACCGUCACCGCCGCGAGAUCAACCAGCUCUACCGACCCCUCACAGGCUCAGCCUCUUCAAUCCGCCUCGACUCCGACGACGAAGCAGACCUCGAGGCUGGCUUCUCGCCCUUGCCUACACAACCCGGAGCUGGCGCGGGGAAGCAGCGAGCAGGAGACUCGCUGGCGUUGGCGGACGUGUGGGACGAGAGGGAACAUGUAUUCGAUGUUGGUGACGAUGAGGCGGAUAGUGAUGAUGAAGGCGGGUCGAGUAAGGUCGCGUCGGGGAAGGCGAGGCGAACGUGA